UCAAGUGGACAGUUGUCCAGGGAAUGAUGAGGAUGGCAGAUCCCUGUCUUUGUCCCUGGCUCUGGCUUCUUCUAAUAACGAGUUCUGCUUCCAGUGCAGAUCUCAGCUUCUGCUCAUGCGCGAUGUUUGGCUCCUGUGAGUUCCGAAAUGUUUCACGGGCAAGUCUCCUUAAUCAACAAAAUGUGGCAUUGGGAAAGGCGGCAACAAUGAGUUCCUACUAUGUGAACUCACGACUGAAGCAGGUGUCUGGUCCCGCCUGUCUCGCUGUCAACGGCAACACAAACACCACAUUCAGGCCUCUUAACCAGUUUCCAGACAGCCCCAACUGUAUUCACACUGGGGACGGCGACAGAGACCCCUACUGGGAGGUCAACAUGGCUCAACAUUAUACUAUUGCUAGCAUUACCAUCUACUGGAGAAAUGAAUCUCUUGAAGACAGUGAAGGAGUCAAGGUGACAGUUGAUGGUGAACUUUGUCAUGUCUUCCAGAACACAGCUUCUAACCCAUCAUCAUUUGCUUGUUAUACACCUCUGACUGGACAGACAGUCAGACUGUCAAAAAGCGACAACACGACAGAACAUUAUCAUCUCACUGUUUGCGAAGUUGAAGUGUGGGGUAUAAGCUGUGCAUGCUCUGCUUAUGGUUUUUGCGACCUCACCAACCAAGAUCUCAAAUCCAUUUCCCCACGAAAAGUAAAUGUAGCACUGGGCAAACCGGCAAAAAUGAGUUCCAUGUUCACCGAUGAACCUGGUCAAGAGGUCACUGGUCCCGCUUGCCUCGCUGUCAAUGGCAACAGAAACACCACCUUCAGACCUAUCAAUCUGUUCCCAGACAGUCCUAACUGUAUACACACUGAGAGAGGUGACCGUGAACCUUACUGGGAGGUCGACCUGGGUCAGCCAUACACCAUUGCCAGCAUCGCCAUCUAUUGGAGAAAUAUUUUAUACAUUGAACGCAGUGAUGGAGUCAACGUGAGCGUGGAUGGACAGUUUUGUCACACAUUUCAACAUCCGGUUGCUAACCCGUCAACAAUUACCUGUGGUACCUCGCUGACUGGACGAACCGUGAGGCUGUCCAAAGCCGAUCGCUCGACGAUAGAGUUCUACUUUUUAACUGUUUGUGAAGUUGAAGUAAUAGUUUGUGGGCCUGGUUAUUUUGGAACUGACUGUGAGAGGGUCUGCCCACAAGUCUGCGAGAAAAACCAGACCUGCAGUCCUGUCGAUGGAACCUGCCCUCAGGCUGUUGAUAUCACAAGUUCGACACCUUUGACACAUGACGUCACAAGAAUGGCUGUUAUAAUCGCAGGAUCGUUUUUGUGCGGCUGUGUUGUGACUGGACUCUGUGCGGCGCUUGUUAUGUGGCUGAGGCGGGUUAAAGGUCGCCAGGGUGGAUGUGACUCAAGUUCACAAGGUGGUGACGUCAUCAUGACAAAGAUCAGGGAGAAUACCCGGGUUUCCCCACCUGACGCUGCUGAAUGUUCAGGUUUUGCUCAGAGUGCAGCAGGAACUGCACAAGGCCCUGAUGAUGAUGACGGGUCUCCAGACUACGUCAACGUCAACAUGGAUGAGAGCCUGAAGGACGUCCGCCCAAAAAAGAAAGCAAAUGCUUACAAAGCUUUUCCCACGCGCAGGUCUGACCGACACGUUGCCACCAUCCCGGACUCGAGCUCGUCUGGCAAUGAAGACUACGAAGAGAUGAUGUAACCUGUUCAGAUGAUUCUCUAGAUCAGAAAACUAUCCUCGAUAUUGAAUCGGGUUGAUAAUUUGACAUGUUGAUAUUGAUAAUUUGAUAAUUUUGGUAUCUUAGGGUAAACCUCUAAAUGACAAACUUGGAAAAAUGUGUCACAUGCAGUGAAAAAUAUGUACGUGUAAGAAAAGAAAUCUAAACCAGGGAUCGUAAGGCCUCAAUGAAAUGGUAAAACUGUUUUACAAUCAGCAACUAGUAACUCCACCCUAAGGGUCAACACACAAACAUGGCUUCUUGUCGUGUCUCUUGUCCCUGCCGUGCAAUUAGCAAUUAUUUUUACUAGUCAACGCCGUUGUCUCCCUGUCAAAACAAAACCUCCACAGAUAUGAAUAAAGGCAUCACACACAGAGGCAGUAUCCACUCAAAGCACAUCAAAUCCAGUGACAGAAGAAGACAUCAGGCGAGACAAAAAGAAAGAGGUCAAUGACCCCAAGUCAUGACCUGCCUGGAAGCUGCUCAAUCCUAGCUACACAAACUCUAGAUGCAUUUUUUCUCCAUAGUUAUCUCGUUACAGACUUACAGUCAAUGAACGUGUUGCAGCUAGACACUUGGUUUGUUGUUUGUCCAACAGACAGUUUACUUGAAAUCGCGAGAUGAUUGGUCAUGACGUCACUAUAGAAGGCGGAUCUCGGACAUCGCAAUCCAGAUUCCCUAGCAAUCCUCGCGUCUAUUCUGUAAUAACAAAAAAUACAAGUAUAUUUCUACAACAAGGAUUUCGUUAACUAAAUAGUUUAAGUUUAGUAGUGCAUAAUCACCUUGAAUAAGAGGUAAAGUACAAAUUUACUGUAUUUAAAUGAAAGAUCAUAUCAGUAUCUUAAAAAAAUUAAAUAAAUAAGUAAACAAUGUGAAACAUUUUUUUUACACUUAUUGAUACAGUUUUAUCAGUCAUAGUACUUACUCAACAAUUAUAAAUACCGAUGUUUUGAGUAGUUACAUACAAAUAACUGUAUUGCAUAACCUACCCGUUGUUCUUUGUUACUAAUAAUUACUCCGGUAUUUUAUACCUAUCAAGCGAGUCUGAGAUGUUAAUAGAGUAAGACUGAAAACUAAAGUAUAAAGAUAAAAAUUAAACUUACAAAUAAACU